CUCAGCGCUGCCCGGUGCCGGCCCCGCUCGGCGGCCGCGCCCCGGAGCGUCCCGCACGCUGCCUUCGCUCUGCCCUGCCCCGAGCCAAGGAAUAGCUGAGAGGGGAAAAACCUGACAUUCCUGAAAAUGGCAGCUGAGACAUCCACAGAAGUUGCAAAAACAGCUAAACAAUUCGUCCUUAAGGAAGAGGUAAUCGUAGAAAGAAAAUGGUUGAAGCUUGCAGAAACAACUUACACUGAUCCAUUUGGGAAAACCAGAACUUGGGAAACUGUAAAGCGUACUGGCAACAAAAAGGGAGUUACAGCUGAUGGUGUAGCAGUGAUAGCAGUGCUACAGAGAACCCUGCACUAUGACUGCAUUGUCCUGGUGAAACAGUUCAGGCCCCCAAUCAAUGGCUACUGCUUGGAAUUUCCUGCAGGCCUCAUUGAGGAAAACGAGUCAGCAGAAAAUGCUGCGCUUCGAGAGCUGAAGGAAGAAACUGGGUACAAGGGGGAAGUCAUUGAAUGUACUCCAGCUCUCUGCUUGGACCCAGGAAUGUCAAACAGCACAACACACAUUGUGAGCGUCAUCAUUAAUGGAGAUGAGGCUGAGAACACAAGACCUAAGCAAAACCUUGAUGAUGGAGAAUUUGUGGAAGUUGUUUCACUUCCAAAGAAUGACCUACUUCAAAGAAUUGAUGAACUAGUAGCAGAGGAACAUCUGGCUGUAGAUGCCAGGGUUUAUACUUACGCGUUGGCUCUGAAGCGUGCAGCAGAAAAGCCGCUCCAAGUUCCUUUCAUGAAGUUCUAGAACUGGGCAAUGAGGAAUUUAAUUUGAAACUGCCCAAGUUGGAUGGCUUAGAAGUACAAGUCUUCUUGUAAUCAAGGUCCUUUGCUUUACUCGCAGAAAAAAAAAAAAAAAAGUGUUUGUAGUAAUGAUUCUGGUAUUUUUAUUUGGAAUUAUGUAACUGACAAGAUGCAUUUCUUUGAGCUGCUCUAUCAAGCCUUGACAGAAUAUCAAUAAUAAAAAUACUGUUUGAUUUUCAAAAUGGCUCAUUUCUAAAUAGAUUCCUCUCUGCAUUUACAGUUCAGUGUAGGAAAGAUGCUUAGGUAACCAUGGUUGGUGCUGUAAGACCAAGGUUCCAAAGGAGGCAGAGGCAGAAGAGCGCAGGUCUCUCACAGCACUCUGACAACUCCUAACACCUGGAGAGGAGAGAGCUCAUGGUGGUCUGCAGCUUUUUUAUGAUGGGCAGCAGAGGGGCUGGCACUGAUUUCUUCUCUCUAGUGACCAGUGAUAGGAGCCAUGGGAAUGGCCUGAAGUUGUACCAGGGGCAGUUUAAGCUGGAGAUCGGGAAAGGGUUCUUCACCCAGAGGGUGGCUGGGCACUGGACCAGGCUCCUCAGGGAAGUGGCCACAGCACUGAGCCUGACAGUUCAAGCUGUGUUUGGACAACACUCUUGGGGCACAUGGUGGGAUUCUUGGGAUGUCCUGCACAAGGCCAGGAGCUGGACUCAAUGAGUCUUGUGGGUCCCUUCCAAAUCAAAAAUCAUAGAAUUGUAGAAUAUCCUAUUAAGUAGUAAUUUCUCUGAGAGGAAUAGGGACAGAAGCACAGGAACACUGUGUGAAUACUCUGGUUGAAGUAAUUGAAAUGACAAUUUAAAGAACUUCCUGUUAUGAUUUAGACAUGAUGUUUCCUUCUCCCUGCACUAAAUAAACUAUGCAGAAAGCGACAA